CGGACCCUUUGGAACCAAACACGAACCUGAAUCGACACGGACACGGAGACUCGGACCACCCCGAUCGAAGCAGCAAUCCACCACUGCCACUGCCACUGCCACACAGCAAACCAAACCAAACCAAACCAAACCCGAGACACACAAUGCCCCGGCGACCCGCAAAGCUCUCCAACUGCUACGUGCCGCUGCCGCUCCCAACGGCCGGCGGGCCGGGGGGCGACGCCUUGGCACCCGGCCGGGGAAACGCCCGCCCCGACGGCCGGGCCACCGGCCACGAGCUCCGGCAGCUGUGCAUGGAAACCUCGGUGAUUUCGGGGGCGAUGGGGUCCUGCCUGGUCGAGCUCGGGCACACCAAGGUCCUGGUGGAGGCCCACCUCUGCCAGGCGGCGGGGAACGGCCCCGGCGGCAGAGGCAGCAGCAGCAGCAACGAAGCGACGAACGAUAUCGGAUCCCUCCGGUGCCACGCGAGGCACGCCCCCCACGUCGGGAUCGACCGGGUCUCGCAGCGGUCCUCGUCCCUCCUGCCGCUGGACGGGAGCGGAGGCAACAAGGGCGGCCCCUCCGCGGCCCCCUCCGCCAGCGCCGGAAAAAUGAACCAGGAGCUGGCGGUCCGGGAAUCCGACCUCUCCCGCGGGAUCGCCGCGGCCCUCCUGCCGGUCGUGGUCCUCGAGAAGUACCCCAAGUCCUCCGUCGUCGUGAACGCGACGGUCCUGCAGGACGACGGGAGCUGCCUGUCGGUGGCGAUCCUCGCGGCCUCGAUGGCCCUGGUGGACGCCCGGGUGGAGCUCCGGGACCUGGUGGCCUCGUGCACCGUGGCCGUGGCCACCACGAAAGGGGACGGCGAGGAGGGCGGCGGCGACGAUGUCGUUUACCUGGCCGAUCCCACCCACCGGGAAUCCUCCGGGGAGGGCGAACGCGUGGCGCUCAUCUGCCUGGCCAUGACGCCCAACCAGAAGGAGGUGACGCUGUGGAACCAGUCGGGCCGGCUCACCUCGGAAAUGGCCUCCCACGCCAUGGACCUGUGCCGGGACGGCUGCCGCACCAUGCACAGGUUCAUGAGGGAGGCCUGGGUCUCCUCCCUCUCGGCGGCCGCAUCGGACGGCGACGAGGAGAUGGCACCGAGCCAAUAGCCGGGGGGGGGCUGGUGUGUGCGCUGCGUGCAGCAGUUUUUGAUUUGGAGGAGAGACGGAAGGACAGGAGGAUGCGGACGAGUCGAUUGGUUUCGUUUCGUGCACGCGGAAGUGCCACGACGAAUCGUG